CCUGGCUGGGGUUGGAUUGGGUUUUUUCCCCUUUUCUCCACAACCCGGCUUCUUUUUCUUUUCUCUUCUUUUUUCUUUUCUUUUUUUUUCUUUUAUUCUUUUUUUUAAUCCUCUUUCGGGAGCACGAAUCCAAACAUUUUCCAAACCAACAAAGAAAAGUUCGCACGCUGGCAUCGCGGCCGGGACAGGCUGGCGCUGCUGCCGGGUCCCCCUCCCUCCGACACUUGACUCAACCUUGCAAGCAAGUGUAUGUGUGUCCCCACCUCCCGCCCCGGUAACUUCCAGAGCGAAUAACAAACCCCCAUAAAGUCCCCGUCGCGCAGCCCCUCCCCGCGGGCAGCGCACUAUGCUGCUCGGGUGGGCGUCCCUGCUGCUGUGCGCGCUCCGCCUGCCCCCGGUCGCGGCCGGCCCCGCCGCGGCACCUGCCCAGGAUAAAGCCGGGCAGCCUCGGGCUGCUGCUGCGGCCGCCCAGCCCAGCCGGCGGCAGGGGGAGGAGGCGCAGGAGCCGGCCGAGCCUCCCGGGCACCCUCACCCCCUGGCGCCGCAGCGCAGGAGCCACGGGCUUGUGCAGAACAUCGACCAGCUCUACUCGGGCGGCGGCAAGGUGGGCUACCUGAUCUACGCGGGCGGCCGGAGGUUCCUCCUGGACCUAGAGCGGGAUGGUUCGGUGGGCGCCGCUGGCUUUGUGCCCGCAGGAGGCGGGCCGAACGCGACCCGGCGCCACCGGGGCCACUGCUUCUACCGGGGUACGGUGGACGGCAGCCCCCGCUCUCUGGCUGUCUUUGACCUCUGCGGUGGUCUCGAUGGCUUCUUCGCGGUCAAGCACGCGCGCUACACCCUGAAGCCGCUGCUGCGCGCGCCCUGGGCGGAGGCGGAGGCCGGGCGCGUGUACGGGGACGGGUCCGCGCGGAUCCUGCACGUCUACACCCGCGAGGGCUUCAGCUUUGAGGCCCUGCCGCCUCGCACCAGCUGCGAGACCCCCACGUCCCCGCCAGGGCCCCGUGAGCGCCCCCCGGCGCACAGCAGCCCGGACCGACGCUGGGCGCUGGCCCUGCAUCUCCCGGACCAGUCAGCUCCCUCGUCCGAUGGGAGUCAGAGACCACAGACGUGGUGGAGGCGGCGGCGACGCCGCUCCGUCUCCCGGGCCCGCCAGGUGGAGCUGCUUCUGGUGGCUGACGCGUCCAUGGCGCGGAUGUACGGCCAGGGCCUGCAGCAUUACCUCCUGACCCUGGCCUCCAUCGCCAACAAGCUGUACAGUCACGCCAGCAUCGAGAACCACAUCCGCCUGGUCGUGGUGAAGGUGGUGGUGCUGGGCGACAAAGACAAGAGCCUGGAAGUGAGCAAGAACGCGGCCGCCACGCUCAAGAACUUUUGCAAAUGGCAGCACCAGCACAACCAGCUGGGGGCUGACCACGAGGAACACUACGACGCGGCCAUCCUGUUUACUCGGGAGGAUUUAUGUGGGCAUCACUCAUGUGACACCCUGGGAAUGGCAGACGUUGGGACCAUAUGUUCUCCCGAGCGCAGCUGUGCUGUGAUUGAAGAUGAUGGUCUCCAUGCAGCCUUCACCGUGGCUCACGAAAUUGGACAUCUACUUGGCCUCUCCCAUGACGAUUCCAAAUUCUGUGAAGAAAAUUUCGGUUCCACAGAAGAUAAGCGCUUAAUGUCUUCCAUCCUAACCAGCAUUGAUGCAUCCAAGCCCUGGUCCAAAUGCACCUCAGCCACCAUCACAGAAUUCCUGGAUGAUGGCCAUGGUAACUGUUUGCUAGACCUGCCACGCAAGCAGAUCCUGGGCCCCGAGGAACUGCCGGGACAGACCUAUGACGCCAGCCAGCAGUGCAACCUGACCUUCGGGCCCGAGUACUCGGUGUGUCCCGGGAUGGACGUGUGCGCCCGCCUCUGGUGCGCCGUGGUGCGCCAGGGCCAGAUGGUGUGUCUGACCAAGAAGCUGCCAGCUGUGGAAGGGACACCAUGUGGAAAAGGGAGGAUCUGCCUGCAGGGCAAGUGUGUGGACAAGACCAAGAAAAAAUAUUAUUCAACAUCGAGCCAUGGCAGCUGGGGAUCCUGGGGUUCCUGGGGCCAGUGUUCUCGCUCAUGUGGGGGAGGAGUACAGUUUGCCUAUCGCCACUGCAAUAACCCCGCGCCCAGAAACAAUGGCCGUUACUGCACAGGGAAGAGGGCCAUCUACCGCUCCUGCAGUGUCUUACCCUGCCCAGCCAAUGGUAAAUCUUUUCGUCAUGAGCAGUGUGAGGCCAAAAAUGGAUAUCAGUCUGAUGCAAAAGGAGUCAAAACAUUUGUGGAAUGGGUUCCCAAAUAUGCAGGCAUCCUGCCAGGAGAUGUGUGCAAACUGACCUGCAGAGCUAAGGGCACUGGCUACUACGUAGUGUUUUCUCCAAAGGUGACUGAUGGAACGGAAUGCAGGCCAUACAGCAAUUCCGUCUGCGUCCGGGGAAAGUGCGUGAGGACGGGCUGUGACGGCAUCAUUGGCUCGAAGCUGCAGUAUGACAAGUGCGGAGUGUGUGGAGGAGACAACUCCAGCUGCACAAAGGUGAUUGGAACCUUCAAUAAAAAAAGCAAGGGUUACACUGACGUUGUGAGGAUCCCGGAAGGCGCGACUCACAUAAAAGUCCGACAGUUCAAAGCCAAAGACCAGACUAGAUUCACUGCCUACUUAGCCCUGAAGAAGAAAAACGGUGAGUACCUUAUCAAUGGGAAGUACAUGAUCUCCACUUCGGAAACCAUCAUUGACAUCAAUGGAACAGUCAUGAACUAUAGUGGUUGGAGCCACAGGGAUGACUUCUUACAUGGGAUGGGCUACUCAGCCACGAAGGAAAUUCUAAUCGUACAGAUUCUUGCAACAGACCCAACUAAAGCCUUAGAUGUCCGUUACAGUUUUUUUGUUCCCAAGAAGUCCACUCCAAAAGUAAACUCUGUCACUGGCGACAGCAGCAAUAAAGUGGGAUCGCCUACUCCACAGCUGCAGUGGGUGACGGGCCCUUGGCUCGCCUGUUCUAGAACCUGUGACACGGGCUGGCACACCAGGACGGUGCAGUGCCAGGAUGGAAACCGGAAGUUAGCAAAGGGAUGUCUUCUCUCUCAGAGGCCUUCUGCAUUUAAGCAAUGUUUGCUAAAGAAAUGUUAGCCUGUGGUUAUGAUCUUCUGCAGAGACAACUGGAUGAUUCAUCACUGACACAGUCGUGGUGAACACGAGGUCAACCGAAAGCACGGAAAGUCACACUUCAGGGUCAUUGUCAACAGGAGUCCGAUUAUGGGUAGAAUCUGCUCUCAGCGACCAAAUAAAGAUGUGCACUGCUUCAUGGGACAGUGGUGACCUUGGAAUAUAGAAAAACUUGGGAGUUAUUGGACAUCCCCUGGGCCUACAAGAAUACAAAAACACUGAUGAAUGUAGGAUCAGGGGACAUUUGAAGAUGGCAGAGCAGUCUCCCCCUUGUCACCUACCUCUUACAGAAUGUCUACAAAGGCAUCGUAAUCAUUUUCGUGCAUAUUAUUUACACAGCAGCUUAUUUUUACUGUUUGUAAAUACAUUCUUCCUUGGUAUGUCACUUUAUAUCACUUGGUUCUAUUAAAAUAUAUAUAUAUAUAUACAUAUAUAUAUAUAUAUAUAUUUCUAUAAAAAAGUGUUUGACCAAAGUAGGUCUGCAGCUGUUUCCACUCCUUCCAGUUUCUAGAAAGAGCUGUGGAUGUUUUACUGGAAAUUAAGAACUUGCUGCUGUUUUAAGAAAGAUUUAGUAUAUGUUUAGACUACAGGAGAUAAAAUUUUCGUCAAAAACCGUUUUGACAGCAAGAAUCUUCUGAGAAAUUCUGAAAAGAAAAAAGAAGCUCAAUAUAUCUAGUCAUUUAAAUACAUACAGGGGUCCAUUUAUUUAAGCCUUUGACUGCCUGUAUUUUUUCAGGCAGCCAGCCAAACUAAUGCAUAAUUAGGAGGUAGAAGAAAUGUUUGUGUGUGUGUGUAUGUUAUCAAGUCUGAAAAUUAGUUUCCUCCUGUUAGAAUUUAAAAAGAAAACAAAUACAUGCUUCACCAUAUUUUCAAGUUAUAUUUUCACAACUGCUUUCUCUUUCUAUGGUUCCCAUCUGAUAUCUCACAAUGUGUAAUAUACAUUCAGAACACACAGCAAAGAGUUUUCUAUCACCUUCAACACUGGUAUACCUCUUACUAGCGAGCCUUUAAAAUGCAUUUUGUUUUUGCUUGUUUGUUUUGUUCAAGGGUUCUGUAGGACCUACAAUGUUUUGUACUUCUUGUUGACUUGGUAGUUAGCCAUAUCUAGAAGUGGUUAUCAUUAAUGUGGCUAGUGAAAAAAAAUGGUUAAUAUUAAUAAUACUGUUUCCACACCAUAGGCAAUAAUUCCUUGCAUAGUCUUUUUUUCUUAAUCCAAGUAUACUUAUACUGUACUUAAGAUUUUUCCCAAUUAGAAAGCAUUUGGUUGUACCAGUAAGUGUUUGAGUGAUGAAAUGUGAUGGUCUUUGCAAAGUCUGCUCUUAUUUCCAUAGCCUGUCUAGCUAGGUUGUGAGUUAGAAUAGUUAGACAUGGAAAACUUUUACAGUCAUCUGCAUAAAAAUCUCAUAGACAGUAAACUGCAUCCCUCUACCCCAUAGCUCAGAAAACCUAAGAUAUUUCAUUUCAUUUGGUUUUUCUUUUUCAUUGUGAAAUAUCACAAAGCUACUUGUUUUUAUAAAAUUUUAUAAUAAUCAUACCAAAUGUGCCUAUUUGUAAAGAUUUGCAUAUAAGGAUAUUAGGGAACUAUUGUUUGAGUUUCCUUAUGCUCAUGAGAGUUUAUUUUUAUUAUAAGAUAUUUUUAAUAUAAGAGGAUUAUGUAAUUGAUCUUGCUAUAUAGCACAUUCAUUUCAAUAGACCAGGGGAAUGGAUGUCUCACUGUUUUAAGUAUUUUCAUAAGAAAUCAUUAAGAAAUCAAAACUGUUAAUCAUCCUUUGGAUUUUCAUAGACUGACUUUGCUUUAGAUGUGGUCCUUUUUUCUUAAUAAAUUACCAGUUAGAAAAAGGAGGCCUAUACAAGACUGGUAACCUCCAUUUGAUAAAGGUACCAGAUAUCAGGGACAGGGAGCAAAGCUAUUCAUAUCAGUCAGAAAAAAAAAUUAAAAAUAAAAAUCGCACCGACCAUUGACCAUGCAGAGAGAAUUAAGAGAAGGACCAACUUUACUUUUUCCAGUAUUCAGAAUAACUUGAAUCAAGUACUUAAACUAUGACAAUUUUUUUUUUAUCUUUUGUGGUUAUAUUGACAGCAACAUUAAAAAAUAAUUGAAGAGCAAA